AUGUCGGACGCCUUCAAGACAAAGACGAUGAAGCGCAAGAACGUCAAGGGUCUGGCCCUCAGCGCUCCGGCUCCUCGUCCUGCCCAGCCCCUCACACCAGAUGGAGAAGCCGCCGCCGGUCAAGAGACAGGCCGCGCAGACACACUAGAGAUCGGCGUUGAGUUCAGGUUAGAUCUCAAGAGCGAGGAUCUUCAAGUCAUCAAAGAGCUGGGAGCAGGCAACGGAGGCACAGUCAGCAAGGUCAUGCACACGGCUACGAAGGUCGUCAUGGCGCGCAAGAUUAUUCACGUCGAGGCAAAGAAGGAAAUCCGAAAGCGCAUCGUACGAGAGCUGCAGAUCAUGCACGAGUGUAACUCACUCUCCAUCGUCUCCUUCUACGGCGCCUUCUUGAACGACAUGGGCGAUGUGGUCAUGUGCAUGGAGUACAUGGACGUUGGCUCACUGGACAGCAUCUCGAAAAACUUUGGACCGGUGCGAGUCGACGUUCUAGGAAAGAUUGCAGAGUCCGUCUUGGGAGGACUCGCAUACCUCUACCGCAUGCACCGCAUCAUGCAUCGCGACAUCAAGCCUUCGAAUAUCCUGGUUAACAGUAAGGGUCAGAUCAAGUUGUGCGACUUUGGCGUCAGCAGUGAGCUUGACAACUCGGUCGCCGACACCUUUGUCGGAACGGGCACCUACAUGGCUCCCGAGAGAAUCCAGGGGUCGCCGUACACGGUCAAGUCGGACGUGUGGAGUGUUGGCUUGUCGCUGAUGGAGCUCGCCAUCGGCAAGUUCCCCUUCCACAGCGAGAACGGCGACGACGAUGACCUGGCCGGUCCUCAGGGCAUUCUUGACCUCCUCCAACAGAUCGUGCUCGAGCCUUCGCCCAAGCUUCCCAAGAGCGACGCCUUCCCCAAGAUCCUGCACGAUGUCAUCGACAAAUGUUUGAUGAAGAAUCCCGACGACCGACCCACUCCCGCCGAACUGUACGAAACAGAUCCCUUCCUGCAAGCCGCCAAACGCACGCCCGUCGACCUCGAGGCGUGGGCCGUCAGCAUGAUGGAGCGCCACAAUCGCAAAUCUCACCUUGUGCCACAACUCUCUCCUCAAACAAAGCAGCUACUCAGAUCUGGCGGCAGAGAGCACGAGAACCAGCCCAGUCCGCCGUCUUCGUCAUCCGGCGACAUCCCCAUCAGCACACAAUCCAUGCCGCGCCACUCGCAACGCCCUAGCUAUCCCACACGCACAUCCAGCGCCAGCCAGGUACCCAUGGCUGCCCAACCUUCGUUGAACCUGCCUAUCCGCCCUGCUCCCCCAGCCGGUUCAGCCUCCCAACCGCGCUCUGCCCGUCGCGAACCUGCACCUACCUCAAGACACGACUCGGCUUCUCGCACCACUCCCAGGCGCGCUCCCGACUACUCCAACUACGACGAUAUCGUCUCUGGCUACUACGACACCAACAACAAGUUCUAG